AUGCAAAAUGUCAGGAAAAGGACAACACUACGCCAACGCACUCACAAACCGUAUCGGAUGGCGGAAGAUGUGUCAGCGGAGUGCCUGUUCGAGAGACUCCGCGCGUUUCAGCUGCGCGCGCCCGACGCCACGGAGGCGGCUCGCAGUAUCACUGCACGUAUCAACUCACGGCUCACCUCGCACGACAAACAUGUUCGGCAAACGACACUGGACAAACUAUGGAAUAAACAGUCGUGUUCCAUACAAACUCUCAUUUCGAUUUUAGAAAAUACCAGAGAUACAGCCACAUCUACUUAUAUUACAUCGAUAUUAAGAGAAACAUUAUGUUUGAAACAGGGAAAGGGAAAGAAAAAUGCAGUUGCAAUAGAAAUACAAGGACUAAAGAAGCAAGAAAUCAAAAAGAACGGAAAAGAAAAUAAAUCACCAAUUGUAAAAAGGGUAAAUAAUACCGCCAGACAACAAUGUUCGCAAAAUUUCAUUGCCAUCAAUGGAACUCAAGUAAUGCUCCGAACGUUGGUCACCACUCAUGCCAAACGUGACAGCAACGUAGGCACCGAGCUGAUGCUUCAGGAUCUCGUAUGGAUUAUUGCCGCGCUAGCACCUAAAGAUCCCAAGUUCGCUAUAAAAGUCAAAAUGGUUGGAUGUGUGAGGACAAUGCAUCUUAUAUUCAAAGGGCAUUACACUGACAGCAAACUGAUUUUUCCACUCCUCGUAAUUUUAAAACAACUUGCAAAAAACGUGGUAACAACGUCUAUCCUGAUCCGGGACGGUAUUACUGCUACGUAUGAGCGAGUGCUGGUGAGCCUCGGCUACAUCCCCACCGCGAGGCUUCGACUUUGUCUCGACGCCAUCGACUACUUCAGCAAAAACAAAGUUUGCUGCAUGCACAUUGUCAAGACAGGCCUAUGUGCAGUCCUCCUCAGGGUAUUCGACCGUUGGGACCGCUAUGAGGGACGUAUGCGGCUCAAGAUAUGCGCACACAUUUUGCAAACACUCCAACACCUUUGCAAUAUUAGAACUGGUCGUCGAGCGCUGUGUACGAAAAAGCACGUACAAAUACUCCACCGAUUCUGUUCACAAUGUCCUGACGAAGCGGAAUUCGAUGGUCUUCUAGCACGAGUAUGUUCUGUAAUCACACUUUGUCUGAAACGUCAAGCUUUACCCGUUCCUGCUUCAAGCCCCGCCACUUUCAACUUAAACCCUAUAAUAAAAGGAACAAACACUUCAUGGCCAUGCCACGAGGAUGAAGAAGAUGCAGCAAACUCUGAUGCAAAGACAAUUAAUUCCGAUUUUGAUGACGAUCAGACUAAUUCGGAUAUAGAUGGAAUGGAUGAUUUUCCAGACAUCGAUGUCGAUGAAAAAGAAAAAAAUAAUGAGACAGAAAAAAGGCACAUUAAAAGCGGUGAAAGUAUACAAAACGCGCUUUGGAUUAAUCCUAAUGAGAGAGAUAUAGAAGACUUAAAAAGAUACGCCAUUUAUUUUAAGGAAUUCGGAUCUUACAAUAAACAAAUGAAACUAGUUAAGAGUCGCUCUAGCUCAAAAGGAUUUAUACUUGAAGACUACUUGAAUCAAUCUAGUAAUAGUAAAAAUAUACCUACAUCUCUAAGUAACUCUCUUUGUGCACUUUUGACUAAUACAGAAUAUGAACUUAUUUCGGAAUCAACAUAUGCAACGUCCGUAUUUCAUAGCUGCAAUAGAAUUUAUGAAAGUGCAUCUAUAACGUCUUGCUCGUAUUUGAAAAUUCAUAAAGACAUACCAAAGUACAGCUCAUUCCAAUCAGUAUACUGUACGAUCGCAUCAAAAGUACGAAGCGUGAUACCAUUUGUCAAAGUGGCCUAUCCUGAUUUAAUGGGCGGAAAAAGCGUAAAUCAUCCAGAACCAUUGAAUAAAAUGGAAAGAACAGCUUGUCGGAGCAAAUUACUAUCGUGUGUGGAUAAAGCAAUUAAUCCAGAAGCAUAUUUAAACGAAGUUGUGUAUGAUUUAGAUCAAUUAUGUAACAGUAUGGCUUCAGAUAAUUCGUCACAAAAAAGCACGGAUAAUCUUCUGUUGACAAACACAGAUGAGCAAGACAUUUCAAAAAUUAACACAUUUCCAUCGCGUUUGAACUUUGAGUCGAGGUUUGAAUCCGGAAAUCUCAGAAAAGCAAUUCAGGUAGGUCCAAGAGAAUACGAGCUGAUUCUAAUGCCAGAUGUGAAUUCGUCUAAAAGACAUCAAUGGUUUUAUUUCGAAGUACGCGACAUGCAGCAGGGACGUCCCUAUGUAUUUAAUAUUGUAAAUUGUGAGAAAUCAGACAGUCAAUUCAAUUUCGGUAUGAAGCCAGUUUUAUAUUCUGUGAAAGAAGCUAUUCUGGGAAAACCAGGGUGGGUGAGAGCUGGCACGGAAAUUUGCUACUACCGCAACAGCUACCAUUACGCGAACCAGAAGAACCACAACAAGUGCUAUCUCACAGUCACCUUCAACAUCGAGUUCCCUCAUGCGAACGACGUGUGCUACGUCGCUUACCACUACCCCUUCACAUAUUCUAUGCUUAUGACCCGCGUUUUCCAGUUGAGUUCGCACCUGCCUCCGGGAACAUACCUACGAGCUGAAAACCUUUGUUACUCUUUGAAUAACAACGAAGUGCCUUUACUGACUAUAACCGCUGAAGACAAUCCUUCUAACCCAAUUGUGGAUCGAGACACAAUAUUUCUAACGGCGCGUGUGCACCCUGGAGAAAGCAACGCGUCGUGGGUAAUGGACGGCACGCUGGGCUGCUUGCUGAACGACUCCGACUCUGCGGCCGCUCUUCGCGCCAAAUACGUCUUCAAAAUCGUGCCAAUGCUUAACGUUGAAGGUGUAAUCAACGGCUGGUGA